UGAUACCUCCACUACCAUAUAAACUGGAGAUGGGUAUGGUGAGUCCUCGCUUAUGGUAUUACCAACCCGUCAUCUAGUACUUUCCCUUUUCUUUCUCUGUAUCGCUCUCUCUCUCACUCUUCUCCCAUUUCGUCUCCCGAGCUCCAAUCCCAUGGCUUCCAAGAGCAAGAUCCUCUUCAUCGGAGGGACCGGGUACAUCGGAAAGUUCAUCGUGGCGGCAAGCGCGAAGGCCGGACAUGAAACCGUCGCUCUCGUGCGAGAGGCCACUCUCUCAAACCCAGCCAAGAGUCCGAUCAUCGACAACUUCAAGUCUUUGGGUGUCAAAUUUGCGAUCGGAGAUCUGUACGACAAAGAGAGCUUGGUGAAGGCGAUUAAGCAGGUCGACGUGGUGAUUUCGACGGUGGGUCACGGUCAGUUAGCCGAUCAGGGUUUGAUCAUCAAUGCUAUUAAAGAAGCCGGCAAUGUCAAGAGAUUUUUCCCUUCGGAAUUUGGGAACGAUGUGGAUCGUGUCCAUGCAGUUGAGCCAGCAAAAUCAGCUUUUGCUACUAAAGCUAAAAUUCGACGUGAUAUUGAAGCUGCGGGGAUUCCCUACACCUAUGUCUCAUCCAACUUCUUUGCGGGAUACUUCCUUCCCACUCUGGCUCAGGCUGGAGUUACAGCUCCCCCAAGAGACAAGGUCGUGAUCUUGGGUGAUGGAAAUCCAAAAGCUGUUUUUAACAAGGAAGAAGAUAUUGGUACCUAUACUAUUAGAGCAGUGGAUGACCCAAGAACCUUGAACAAAAUCCUCUACAUCAAGCCCCCUGCUAACAUUUACUCAUUUAAUGAUCUUGUGGCUUUGUGGGAGAAAAAGAUUGGCAAAACCCUUGAAAAGACCUAUGUUCUUGAAGACGAACUUCUCAAGAAAAUUGAAGAGGCCCCUGUUCCAGUCAAUGUGGUAUUAGCAAUUAGCCACUCUGUAUUUGUGAAAGGGGAUCACACCAACUUUGAGAUCGAGCCCUCAUUUGGAGUGGAAGCUUCCGAGCUUUAUCCAGAUGUUAAGUACACAACAGUGGAUGAGUACCUCAAUCAGUUUGUAUGAGAAUCACCUAACUUAUUCAGUUUUCAUGGAGAACUGAAGUGAAGUGAAGCCCCAAUGGUGUUGCUUGUCUCUUAAGUAGUUCUGCGCUGUCUUAAUUAAGAAUGUUAUUUUCUAAAGGUUACAAACAGGAUUGGGGCUAUACCUUGAUUGUGUCCAUCUUUGUGUACUCUUUGUGUCCUGAUCAAAUCAUAUGGAUAUAUCUAUUUGCCUUACUUUUCCUUA